UCCAAAUCGUCACAUCCACAGCCACUAUACAGCUGGCUGUAUAACCACACGGCUCUAGCUCCUCCAUCUUACUUUGACUGGCUGCCGAAGAAAGAAGUGCCUGGGUUCACUGGUAUCGAAAGAAUUCAACCAAGCCGCUGCAUUAUGACCCAACGAAGGACCCGCACCAUCUCUCUAAUCUCGACCCCGUUGCGUGAGACCUUGAAGGAUGGCAAGGUGUCUAUUAAGCAUGUUUUUCUGCUCAAGUUAGAAAGCUUUAGAUACGACAUAUUCCCACUGCGCAAAGAAUCUCAACUCGGUGACGUGAUCAGAGAAUCUUAUUCAAACAAUAAAAUUCCAGAUGAUGUUGAAAGAAGACUGGCUGGUCUCACCUGUAACGCAGACAGACUGUCGGGCACCCCAUGCGGCUUUGAUACUUAUGCGAAUAACUUCACAGCUCGCGGCGGGCUUGAUAUUAGAAACGUAUACACGGGUGAUACAUUUACUUUGAAGAGUAUUCUGGCCAGUGCCUGCGGCGUUGCACCCUUGUGGCUGCACCAUAUCUACGAGCCAUGUAUGCCCCAGGUUUUUAAUGUGCUGAGCAAGAUGCCCAGUGCGCCAGAGAAGGAUGCCAACGACUACACCACCUAG